UUGCAUAGCGUGCGUUACUAUGGAAACAAUGUUUGGUCGAAUUUCAAAUAACCGGGGUGCAAGUAAAUUGUAUUUUUUUCCACCAUGGAAGUGAUGGAAGAUGGUAAUUUGAUGGACAAAGUCCACAUAUUGAUCCAGCGGGACAUGGAGUAUUACAAGAGCCACCAGACCGUAUUACAAGAAACAAUUUGUCCGGGGGUUGUGGGCGGCCGCCUCGAUUUCCCCAGAUCGGCCUCUUUUGCCGCAAUGAAGCUGGUUUUGUGGUGGGAAGAAGAAUAUGUGGCGGCCUACAGGAAAAGUUCAGGAUUCCUGCAAAAAUCCGAGGUUCCUGACCAGAGCAUGGACACGUCUGGGGGCUGCGGCGGCAUUGUCAAAGCCUCAGAUCCGACGAAAUUCGUCAGUCUUAUAAAUAAAUCCGCUGAACAACUUUUGGAGCACUUACAUGUGCUUACUCAAGAGGCGUUAGAUCACGCUGACUUGACGGUGCUUACGGGCACAAUCGGGGCUUCUGCACUUUUAAAAAACUGUCUCUGGUUCUAUUUGCAAUCAAUUAAUGAGAUUAAAGGGAGUCAAGUUGAAUUGUUGCACGAAAGUUACAAGAAAUACCAAGAGAUGGGCGAAGCCCUCGCUGAGCGCUUGCUAGAUUUGCAUUGUCGGUUGUUAUCACUGUACAUUUUGCAAGAAGCCGAGUCUUUGGACUGGGAGAACCAGAAGCCUUUCUGUGAGUCGGAACGGGGGUCGUACGUGAUACAAAUGUGGUGGCUUUACAUGCAAGGGACCAGAGAGGAUUUAUGGAACACUGUUCCUCCGAAAAUGGCACAAAGGGUUUUUUCCGGGAUGUUAAAUGAAUCAUUAACUAUUUUAACAGUUCGGUACACUCAGUCGUGUCCUUCUGAAGCAAGGAGUAAACUACUCGUGGUUGAUAUUAGCAACUUACUAUUAUGCAUAGCGCAAUUGCUUCCAAGUAUCUGUGAUAAAGCGGAAGAACUAAUUGGGUUAAACUUAAAUAACAAAAGCAAAAUCUUACGAGACAUACACACAAAGUGCCAGGAGCUGCUGAACUGUUUGGUUUUGAGAGGCGCGUCAUUGGACACACUUCAAAAGGUUUUUCGUAAAGGCCUAGAGACCGUGGAUUUGUUCAAAUCCCGAAACACAGGCCCGGCCUCUUGGAUCACCUUCUCCCUCCCCAACAUCUUCAAAGUGCAGCCAAAAAACAUAACCCGAAUGUCCGACUUACCACCUGACGCCGCAAUCGCCUUAGAAUUGACCGUUUUGUUGGCCCAACCCCAGCCAAACUGGUCCCUCCUUCUGAAAGUUCUAGGAAUGAAAAACUGCAAACUAUUGAAACUCAUCCUGGACCUAUCUUUGCAAAACUUCACAAUCGAGAUCCAAAAACCCGUCACCAAAUCAAACUCUUGCGGAGUUUUCCUCUGUUCCAGCGACGGAACUUGCAAAAAUGUCGAUACUACCGUGCCCCUACUGACCCCACUGCAUUACUACGACUUGAUCGCAUCCGCAACGACCGUGGUGUUGGGCAUUGGCAACAAUGAGGAUUACUCAGAUAUUCUAUUCUCGGCAAUCAGUGCGCAGCCAAAUUGGGCAAAGUGUUUCGAUCGCCGCAAUGUCUGGAACCAAAUCCGGCCGCCGUGGUACGAAUCUAUCCUCAACCUUGUCACACCUCUGCUCUCUUCCAUUUGCAAGACUGUGGUCAAUGCCGUUCAAACCGGCGCCAGCAUGUACCAGGCCAUGCUCAUUAUUUUGGGUUCUUAUGGCCAGUUGUGGGACUGCGUGGACAGUGCGCUCCCCCGAGUGGCCACCCUGAUCCAGGACAUUCUCCCAGCUGAGAUAACUUCCCUAAAUCAUUCCGCUUUGGUCCAGAUUUUGAUUAGUGCACUGUACUCGGAGCUGUUGCGUCAGUCCGAACUUCCCUCCAAUAAACAGGUCACUUUUGCGGAUUCAGCGGUGUCUCCACCGGCCAAACAAACGGAGCAUAAAAAAUCGGUGACUAGUUUUGAGGGGACGUUCAGUUCUGAGAACGACGUAGCCUUAGCUGUGGCAGAGUCCUUGUGUAGUAUCGACGAGGAUAACAAACACACGGACCAAAUUGAGGAGUUUUUGGAACAAGUCAAGGAAAACCUGGAGUUGUUUGAGGAUUCGGUUGAGGGUUCGUCGAGGGUUGAGGGCUCGGAGCAAGUGACUGAAGUUCUAGUCAGCGAGAUUUUAAUGACAACUCAUGGGAAAAAAAGCUUGAAAACUUUGCAUCAUUUCGUAAAAAAUAACAGCGAAUGGUUCUUUCAAAAACUCGGAGUUAGUGAAAAUUCUGAACCUGUGGUACCGAACAAAGUUACUUGUGCUCCGUGUCCACUCUUGCAUACUGUGUUUCAUAUUGGUUACCGACCCUUCGACCAGUUGUUGACUGGAGCAUGGCAGCCUAAUUGGAUUGGUUUGUUGCAAACACCAAUGGGAUUAAGUAUUGAUAGGGUUUGGACGCAAAUAUCACUACGCUGGGAGUUUAGAGAUGUAAAUUCUUCGAGUCUGUCGACGAGAGACGCCCAGAUUAUCACUAAUUUGACGACGCUCUUGAAACAAACUUGAGCCUUUUUUGUCAUGAUGUGAUAAUUGCAUAUUUUCAAUCAUUUAGAAAAGAAUGUAAAUAUUCGUUUAGGUAAGUGGUUUACAUCCGUUUAAUCGUACCUACCUAAUUAAAUUAAUAUCCGAUUCACACCGAAUUAUGUGUAAUUCCCCCUAAAUAAUAUUACGCACAUUUAAUGAAUGCAUACACACCACAAAUGUAUUGAAUUAAGUGAGAGAUAAUUAAAUAAACUGGGUUAUACGUAUUAGAAAUUGACUGUUCGUACAAUGAUGGAAAAUUAAUUUCGGUAAAUCUUGAUUGGAGAAUACAAAAGUUUGUAACCCUUGGCAACUGAUGUUCAAUGAUAAUUUUGUUUUGCUAAUUAUAAUGACAAUGAAACUGUUUUAAACAGAAUUAAUUAAGUACUCAUUUCGUUUCCAAAUAUUGGGUGAAAACGUUUGAGCUUAAAUUAAUAGUGAAAACAUUUCAUCGUUUGCGUUUUUUUAUUAUUUUGUAACGAAUAUUUUUAUGUAAUUAUUACAUUUAAACACCGAAAACAAUAGAAAACGCACACUGCUAAUGAGAUUCUUUAGAUGCAAAUAGCAAUUAAAUGUGACUAAUGUAAAGAGACUUGUUCACGAAUUUGAAUUUUUUUGAAAUUGUAAAUAAUUUUGCCUCUUACUGUAUAUUAAUAAAUAAAUGAAUUUACAAAUUU